GCUGGCCGCGCUGGGCCGGUUGCCGAGCGGCGGUGACGAACCGGCUCCUCGGUUUUGCUGGUUGUGGUUGCUGCGAUGGCGAAGUGAGGGGGCCCGGGACGGGAUGGUGCUGACCUGGGUAGUGCCGUCUUCUUCCAGCUGGAUAACGAGCUCCGUCCGACAGGCGGGGGAAGAGGCAGAGCCGGGCGAGAGGGUUGAAGAUCAACUGGAUUAUGUAUUUCGUUCUGGAAUUUCAAAGCAGUCCACAAACAGUAAAUUCUUCCUUAUGUUGUCUAUGUCAGAAAAGUUACAAAGGACAAGUUAGGCAAGUCUGGGUUUUUCAGAAGGAAUAAAGUGAAGCAACUCCACGUGAGUUUCACCAUUUUAUUUUUAAAGAUUGGCAGCUUUUAAACAGGGGGAACUAUAUUUUUAACAACAAAAAUCAGUAACUGGAAGUACAAGAUUUUUUUUUUAAUAAUGCUAAAGUGAAGUUUUGAUCAGCAGAGGUGCUGUAACCAGAUUUGCCUUCUGGGUGUAAAUUGAAAAUGACUGAAGUUCAAGCAAUGGUAGAAUUCUCCGUGGAGCUAAACAAGUUCUACAACGUGGAUUUAUUUCAGAGAGGUUUUUACCAGAUUCGGGCAUCUAUGAAAAUUCCACCAAGAAUUCCCCACAGAGUAGAAGCUAGUUUGUUACAUGCAACAGGUAUGACUUUAGCCUUUCCAGCUUCAGUUCAUGAUUCUCUGAUUUGCAGUAAAACAUUUCAAAUUCUGUACAAAAAUGAAGAGGUUGUUUUAAAUGAUGUUAUGAUCUUCAAAGUUAAAAUGUUGUUGGAUGAAAAAAAGAUUGAAGAAACACUUGAGGAAUUGAAUUUUCUCUUAUCCUUGGAUCUACACUUCACAGAUGGAGAUUAUUCGACAGAUGAUCUGAAUGCCUUGCAGUUAAUAAGUAGCCGAACAUUGAAGCUGCACUUUAGCCUCCAUAGAGGCCUUCAUCAUCAUGUUAAUGUUAUGUUUGAUUAUUUCCACCUUUCUGUUGUAUCUGUUACAGUCCAUGCAUCAUUGGUUGCACUACACCAGCCACUGAUAAGCUUUCCUCGCCCUGUGAAGACUACUUGGUUAAAUAGAAAUGCACCAGCACAAAACAAAGAUUCUGUGAUUCCUACUCUUGAAAGUGUGGUCUUUGGUAUUAACUACACAAAACAGUUAUCACCAGAUGGUUGCAGCUUCAUCAUUGCAGACUCCUUCCUACAUCAUGCCUAUCAUUUUCAUUAUACUCUUUGUGCCACUUUGCUGCUAGCCUUCAAGGGAUUGCACAACUACUUCAUUACGGUAACAGAAGAGAUUCCCUCUUGUCAGAAACUAGAACUGGCCAAGGCCAACAUGCAGGUCCUAUAUGAGCGCCUUCUCAGAAGACAACAGCCACGAACCCAGAAAGACACCUGUCUAGAGGAAAUGGAUGUAGAAGCUCGACUUACUGAACUAUGUGAAGAAGUUAAGAAAAUAGAAAAUCCUGAUGAACUGGCAGAAAUGAUAAAUAUGAAUCUGGCACAACUUUGCUCACUUCUGAUGGCUUUAUGGGGACAGUUUCUGGAAGUUAUAACACUACAUGAAGAACUAAGAAUAUUAUUAGCACAAGAGCAUCAUACUUUGAGGGUACGCAGAUUUUCUGAGGCAUUCUUUUGUUUUGAACAUCCAAGAGAAGCUGCUAUUGCAUACCAGGAACUUCAUGCUCAGAGUCAUCUACAGAUGUGCACCGCUAUCAAAAAUACUUCCUUCUGCAGUUCUCUUCCACCCCUACCUAUUGAAUGUAGUGAAUUAGAUGGAGAUCUCAAUUCAUUACCUAUAAUCUUUGAAGAUAGGUAUUUAGAUUCAGUUAUGGAAGACUUAGAUGCACCCUGGAUGGGAAUUCAGAAUCUUCAGAGAUCAGAGUCCAGUAGAAUGGAUAAAUAUGAAACUGAAGAAAGCUCUGUAGCAGGACUUUCUAGCCCAGAGUUGAAAGUCAGACCUGCUGGUGCCUCCAAUAUUUGGUAUACAGAAGGUGAAAAGCAGCUAACAAAAUCUCUAAAAGCAAAGAGUGAAGAAUCAAAUAAAUCGAAGGUUAAGGUUACUAAGCUCAUGAAAACAAUGAAAUCUGAGAACACAAAAAAAUUAAUAAAACAGAACUCUAAGGAUUCUGUGAUUUUGGUAGGCUACAAAUGUUUGAAAAGUACACCAUCAAAUGAUCUCACUAAAUGCUUUGAAGGCAAUCCUUCACAUAGUCAGAAAGAAGGUCUGGAUCCCACAAUAUGUGGAUAUAAUUUUGACCCAAAGACCUACGUCAGACAGACAAGUCAAAAGGAAGCUAGCUAUUUACCAACUAAUACAGAGAGAACUGAUCAGAAGUCUCCAGAUAUUGAAAAUAUGCAGCCAGACCAAUUUGAUACUUUGAACUCUGGCAGCCUAAAUCUUUGUGCAAAUUUGUCCAUUUCAGGUAAACUUGAUAUCUCCCAGGACGAUAGUGAAAUUACGCAAAUGGAGCACAAUCUGGCAUCCAGAAGUUCAUCAGAUGAUUGCCGUGAUCAUCAAACAACCCCAUCUUCAGGAGUUAGAAGAAUUGAAGUAAAGCCCAGUAAUAAAGAUCUGUUCAGUGGAGAGAAAAUAACUGUUAAAAUAGGACCUUGGACAGAGCUUCAACAAGAUGAAAUAUUUGUGGAUAAUUCAUUACCUAAUUUUGAUUCCUUAGAAUCUAAUGGUAAAUCUAAAUCUGUAGAAAUAACACUUGAAAAGGAAGCUUUGCAAGAAGCUAAGUGUCGUUCUAUUGGAGAAUCAUUAGCUAAAUUAAGAAGUAAUCUACCUGCUGCUUCUACAAAAGAAUACCAUGUUGUAGUAAGUGGAGAUACAAUUAAGUUACCAGACGUUAAUGCCACAUAUGCCUCAUCUAGAUUUUCAGAUUCUGGUGUUGAAAGUGAACCAAGUUCUUUUGCAACACAUCCAAACCCCGAUACAGUCUUUGAAACUGUGCAAGGGCAAGGUCCUUACAGUAAUGAAAGAUUAUUUCCUCAGCUUUUGAUGAAAACUGAUUGUAAUGUAAAAUUUUCACUAGGCAGUCAUUGCACUGAGAGUACAAGUGCUUUAAGUGAAAUACAGUCGUCUUUGACGUCCAUAAACUCUCUCCCUUCUGAUGACGAACUGUCACCUGAUGAAAUUUCUAAGAAAUCUCUUAUACCUGAAUGCCAUCUUAGCGAUAACAAAACUGUAUUAAAUCUAGGAACAAUUGAUUUGCCAAAAUGUGACAACAUUAAAAAGUCAAGUGUUAUUUUGCAACAGCAGAGUGUUGUAUUUUCAGGGCAUUUGGACAAUGAAUCUUUAGCAAUACAUUCCUUAAAUUCAAGCAUUAAAGACUCUUUACAAUUUGCUUUUUCAGAUGAAGAUACUUCCAGUGAUGUGAAAAGUAGUUGCAGCCCCAAACCUAACUUGGACACUAUGUGUAAAGCCUCACAGAGUGCUGAUAAAUCUAGUAACUCUGCAGCGACGGCAGUUACAUUAAAUUCAAAACUGAUUUGUUUAGGCACUCCUUGUGUCAUUCCAGGUUCCAUUUCUACUAAUACAGAAGUCAGUGAAGAUAGAACUGUGAAAAGAAAGAAUAGUGAUGCGUUAAAUCCCAAACAAAUAUAUUCAGAAGUCCCCACAGUUGAAAGUGAAACUUACCUGGGUACAAGUGACCCUUUUUCAGCCAGUGCUGACAUGGUAAAGCAAGGGCUUGUGGAAAAUUAUUUUGGUUCUCAAAGCAGUACGGAUGUUUCUGAUACAUGUGCUGUUAGCUGCAGCAAUUCAGUCAGCCCUCAGAAGGAAACUUCUGAAAAAGAAAUUAGUAAUCUUAAGCGGGAACAGGGUAAAGAGGAGGAAGAAGAAGAGCAGGAUCAACAAAUGGUUCAAAAUGGGUAUUAUGAAGAAACAGAUUAUUCAACUUUGGAUGGAACAGUAAAUGCUCACUAUACAAGCAGAGAUGCACUAGCAGAAGAAAGACUUACAAAAUCUGAAAAAAUAAGCAAUGAAUAUCUGAGGGAUGGUAUAAAUAUGCCUACUGUUUGUGCUUCUGGUUGUUUAUCCUUCCCAUCUGCACCACGAGAGUCUCCUUGUAGUGUUAAAUAUUCUUCUAAAAGUAAAUUUGAUGCCAUUACAAAGCAGCCAAGCAGCACUUCUUACAACUUGACAUCUUCAGUUGCCUGGUAUGAAAAUUCACCAAAACCUCAAAUACAAGCCUUCCUUCAGGCAAAAGAAGAAUUGAGGCAACUGAAACUCCCUGGGUUCAUGUACAGUGAUGUUCCUCUGCUGGCAUCCUCAGUACCUUAUUUUAGUGUGGAAGAAGAGGAUGGUUCUGAAGAUGGAGUACAUCUCAUUGUCUGUGUGCAUGGUUUAGAUGGUAACAGUGCAGAUCUUCGAUUAGUAAAAACUUAUAUUGAACUUGGACUGCCUGGGGGAAGAAUUGAUUUUCUUAUGUCUGAGAGAAAUCAGAAUGACACUUUUGCUGAUUUUGAUAGCAUGACUGAUCGCCUUUUGGAUGAGAUAAUACAAUAUAUUCAGAUAUAUAGUCUAACUGUCUCAAAAAUAAGCUUUAUUGGACAUUCGUUGGGCAAUUUAAUAAUCCGUUCAGUGCUUACAAGGCCAAGGUUUAAAUAUUACCUCGACAAACUUCAUACCUUUCUGUCUCUUUCUGGACCUCACCUUGGUACGCUCUACAAUAGCAGUGCUCUUGUUAAUACAGGUCUGUGGUUUAUGCAGAAAUGGAAAAAAUCAGGUUCUCUUUUGCAACUGACAUGUCGAGAUCACUCAGACCCUCGCCAGACUUUCUUAUAUAAGCUUAGUAAUAAAGCAGGGCUUCAUUAUUUCAAAAAUGUUGUGCUGGUGGGCUCUCUACAGGAUCGCUAUGUUCCUUAUCACUCUGCCCGCAUUGAAAUGUGCAAAACAGCCUUAAAGGACAAACAGUCAGGACAGAUCUAUUCAGAAAUGAUCCACAACUUGCUUCGCCCAGUUCUGCAAAGCAAGGACUGUAAUUUGGUUCGAUAUAAUGUCAUCAACGCAUUGCCCAAUACAGCUGAUUCACUCAUUGGGAGAGCUGCACAUAUAGCUGUUCUUGAUUCAGAAAUAUUUUUAGAGAAAUUCUUUCUGGUUGCUGCCCUCAAAUAUUUCCAGUAGGGUAAAAGCAUUGUUAGAGACUUGACAAUUACCUCAUUCAACAAUGAUUCAAAUAAUGUAUUAUAUUAAAAUGU